CGAGCGAGGGCUGUGCGGGGCUGUGCCGGGAGGGCGAGGAACCGGGACCCCGCUGCCCCCCGCCCGCUGGAUUUGCCGUUCCCGGUGUCUCCGUGUACAUCAGGUUUCAGAUGCAUGCCAGGUUCCCGCUGAAUGCCAGCAGCAGAGAUCACUACAGAUGGAGCCCCAAAGUCAGCAUGGCAGUGGCGGUUCCCUGGUGGUGAUUCAGCAGCCCUCCCUGGACAGCCGGCAGCGCUUGGACUAUGACAGGGAGAGCCAGCCCACGACCAUCUUGUCACUGGACCAGAUCAAGGCCAUCAGGGGCAGCAACGAAUACACCGAAGGGCCGUCUGUGGUGAAAAAGUCGGGUCCGCGGACGGCACCRAGGCAGGAGAAGCACGAAAGGACUCACGAGAUUAUACCAAUUAAUGUGAAUAAUAAUUACGAACACAGGCCCGGCCAUGUGGGGCACGUGGCACAUCAGCAGAACGCCAGGGCUCCCGUCCUGAGCCGAUCGACCAGCACAGGGAGCGCGGCCAGCUCCGGCAGCAACAGCAGCGCCUCCUCGGAGCAAGGGCUGCUGGGGCGCUYGCCGCCGUCCCGGCCGGGCUCCGGCCACAGAUCCGACCGGACAAUCCGGGCGCAGCCCAAGCAGUCGUCCCUGCUGGCGGACGAUCUGAAGGGUCCUUUGAAAGAGGACUUGACGCAGCACAAGUUCAUCUGUGAACAGUGCGGGAAGUGCAAGUGCGGGGAGUGCACGGCGCCGCGGGCCCUGCCCUCCUGCCUGGCCUGCAACCGGCAGUGCCUGUGCUCAGCCGAGAGCAUGGUGGAGUACGGCACCUGCAUGUGCCUGGUUAAAGGGAUCUUCUACCACUGUUCCAACGACGAUGAAGGGGACUCGUACGCGGAUAAUCCCUGCUCCUGCUCCCAGUCACACUGCUGUUCUAGGUACCUGUGCAUGGGAGCCAUGUCCUUGUUUCUGCCUUGCUUGCUCUGCUACCCUCCGGCCAAAGGAUGCCUAAAACUCUGCCGGGGGUGCUACGACCGCGUCAAUCGCCCGGGGUGCCGGUGCAAGAACUCCAACACAGUCUAUUGUAAACUGGAGAGCUGCCCCUCCCGGGGUCAGGGCAAGCCCUCAUGAUUUUGGGAGGGAGGUUUACCUCCUCCAACUUCAGUUUUUCAGGUUGUAGCUGAUUUUUUUCCCUCUUYCUCUUUUCUUCUUCCCCCCUYCUCUCCCAUUUUGGGAGGACUGUUCUUUUCCUUUCCUUUCUGUCUCCCCAACUUCAGAUACAUGAGUUCUUCCCUUUGCAUCUUYGCUCUCCUCCUCCUGCUGACUUGGCUGAGUGUGGAGCGUUUCACGCAGUCAUUGCUGCUCUUUGGUAAGUGUGGACCUGGUAUCUGCACCUGCCGCUCACUUGGGCAGGGUCUUUGAGUUUGUAACUGAACCACUCCUGAAAGAGACAGUGAAGGCUCACUGGGCUCUUGAAGCUUCUUGCUCUGUGAAUAUCUUCCCAAAGAUUUUUUUUUUUUGUUCUCAGCAAUUUAUGGUUUUUUUCCUUAACCUCCCGGGUGCCAAGGAAGAAUAACUUUCCUGAGUGAGAUGGAUUGUGAAAUAACUUUUUGUGUGUUCUUUCUGGAGAGGGAURUAAAAUAAAGGCUUCACCAAAUGAAAGGCCUGACUCUUCUAUAAGCAGCCUGCUUCUUUUUGCAUCUUUUUUUCCACACCGCCCCUCUCUUUUUGUCUUAACUUUUGGAACAUUCUCAGACCUGAGAAUUGCCCUGCCUUUUUUUUUUUUUUUUUUUUUUUUNUUUUUUUUUUUUUAUUUUUUCUUUUUUUACAUUUUCAAUGUAACUUCAGUUUUUGUUACACUGUGUAGAUCUUCACAUUGGAGACAUUGUGGCUGCAACAUACUCAUUUGUUUCUUUUGCUGUCUGAUCUUUGAAGGAUAUUGCUCACUCCACCCUCCUAAUCCCGUUUUUUAUAGUCUGUCAGUAUCAGUUGAUAUUAAAGUUGGUGGUGUUUAUAUAUCCAAACAGCCUUCAGGUGUCAUCGAGUCACCUAAAUGUUCUUGAAUCCUUCAAGUUUCUUGUGAUCCUUUUGCUUAAUGAGUUUAGCUCUGCCCUGUACUUUAUAAUUUUAUUCUGUCCCUGUUUUAUUGCCUUAGCCACAAAUUGUGGUCCUUUUUUGUAUAUUUUAUGUAUAAAACACAAAGUUGAAUCCCAACUAUUUUUAAGACAAAAGUCUGUUAAAACUUUUUUUAUUGUAAAGAAUAUUUAUUAUGUGAAUCUCUAUUAUUUUAUGAUAUUUAUUGCAAAAGACUUCAAAAAUGUACUCAUGUCUGAAUAUAACAAAAUAUCAAUACUUAACGAAAUAAGGAUGACACGAAGAAAGUACAUAUGUUAACUAUAAUGCAGAAAAUAUAUUAAUUAAUGAACAUGGCUCUGGAGUUCUUUUGUUAAAAUGACAAGUUGUGAGCUGCGUGUGUGCAUUGCUGGUCUGUUCCUCCUUUAGGUCUGUCAGGUGGCAAAUAACUUCCUAUUGAUACUUCAAAGCCACUAGUCUGUGCUCUAGUUUAGUUUACCUAAUUUUAAGUUUAGGCCAACUCUGUAUCAAAUAGAUUUUUGCUACAGGAUGUUUAAUACAAUUGAAUCURUGUUGUGCAUAACAGUGCCAAGAAAGGGAGGCUCUAUUUAUUUACCAAAGCAUUUGGAAAUACAGUUGUGGAGGAGGAAACCACAACUUCCAAGCUGGGGCUUUUUUAUGUUUCUCAAGGAAUACCACAUUAACAUGCAAAGCCUUUUAAAAUUUUCCUAUCUUGGCUGGUUAAGUUGUGCAGCAACUGAAGAAAUUAAUCUCCCCAGCUCAAUUCUAAAUAAAAAGCUAGAGGCAGGAUGAAAAACAGUGAUUGUAUUGCUGUMGUUUGGUAGCUUUGAAAUCUGGAAAUGUGUGUGUAUGUUUGGGCCUGUGCCUAUGACUUACUCGGUUCUUUUCCCAUACAUUUUCCAAUGUCAACUGAAUCUUCUGUCUUUAAAUUAAAGACUCUUAAGGGUGACCUAAGUGUCACAGCUACUUGUGGCCAUUUAACACACAUUCAAAAGAAAAAGCUUUUCAUUAAGAGUGAAUAGGGAGACCUCAUUCUUUUCCUCAUGUGGGUCAAGGUUACAUCACAAUUCUCCCAAAGUUUAAAAGUUUUAAAAUGGAUGUAAUUUCACAUAAUGUUCAGAGUAAGUGGUUUAGAGAAACUCCACUUCAGAACAUAGUAAUGACUUGACAAAUAUGUCAUAUCUUGCUUUUUUAAACUCCUGCUGCUUUGAAUUGCUAUAUUCAAGCUGCUCUGACUCCCGCACAGUGAUGAUUUGAACAAGCUUGAUUCUUUGUAGUUAAUUCCAUCCCAGCUGAUGCAGUGUCAUGGCAUGGAGCUGACUGAAAAGCUUCAUUUUUAUUAAAMAGCACAGGUGACCUCUGAGAGGUAUAAAGUGAAAUCAUCACCUUGCUCCACCUAGGAAACUCCUUGUUUUACAGGAUGUGGGUGCUACUGCUGCUGUGUGUGUGACAACAGUGAUGGGCUGGGGGGCUCGUGGGGCAGCAGUGGAUGUACAGGAAUUCAGCCUUCCAAGGUUUCCUGAGAUGAAGCAAAGCCAGGAGAAGAAUGUUUCUGARGAGCAGAGACUUGCACUCCUUCACUAUCAACGCUGCGUCUGUAACAGCGACAGCUGCAAACAGCCCCGGGGAGACAAUGGAGGCCUUGUCCGGYGCUGGUCAGAGAUGUCCACUGCUAACUGUGUGCUGACACUCRGGAACACGGAGCCAACUGCCUCUGCAGCUGGAGCCCAUCCAGCUCUGUGCUCACUACCUUUGCUCCAAAGCUGCUGCUUGUGCCUAC